AUGCCACCACGUGUAACUGAGAAACUUUCUCGUGCACUGAGGAGGCGGACUCAAGUACAAGCAUGGCAUCGAGCACUUGCAGCCACAUCCCAAACAUCAAAAAAGGGAUCUUUAACGGCAGUUUGGCCUCAUGAUUCCUUCAUCCAGUCAAAUGCUACGUUGAGAGUAUCACUUUCCAAUGGUGAGAUGGAGACCCCCUUGACGCGGCAAGUGAAACGAGCAAUUGUGCGUUCAGAAACAAAAGGAGAUGCAAUGAAUGCACUACAGGUGUUGCUAAACGCAGAUGGGGAGUCUCCAACAGCAUCUACCUUCAAGACACUCGCCUGCAUUUUACUGCAGCGCCAUGUGGAAGAGCGCGUUGGUCGCACUGAAUUCCAAAAGUUAAUGGAGGCUUCUACAGGUACGACGGAUGAGCGAUGGUCGACUUUCACAGAAGAGGAACGCACAAGCUUUACCAACUACUUGGCUCGUGCAACGGAGAGGUGGGCGGAGCGUGGUUCCUCCUUCAACAAACUUCUGGGCUUCACUCAGGAGGGUGCGGACAAUGAACUGGUGGCGAGAGUAGAAUUUCAGAUGCGGAAAAGUGGAGUGGCUGUUUUAGCAACGUCACUAACGGAUCUAAUGCAUCUUGACGUUUCAUGGUCCGCUGCCUUGCAUUUGAGAAACUUUGCCAAAAGUAUGCAUCCUAGCAUAAUCCCACCCGUAGAAAUGACUAACAGAGUGAUGGGGUUAAUGACCGGAUACAAGACGGGACUUGGAGGACCUAGACCAUGGAUUCAUGCACUUUCACUGUACCAAGAAACCCUUGCGUCCGGCUACGAUACAACCUUGACAACACACACGCACGCUCUAGAUGCUCUGUGGCGUAGUGCAGACACGUUUCAUCGUAUUCAGUGCACGGUUGGCUCAGCGCACCGGCAGUUUGUUUGGGAAAAAGCUCUUUCUGUUUGUGGCGAAGUGUCCAAGACGAAGUUGGUGGUAUCAGGCGAGGAAGGUUGUGCGUAUGCGGAGGGUGUGUUGAAGGCUGUUGCAGCUGCUGGUAGGUGGUCAACGGCAGUGUCUCUACUCGCUAAUUUGGACACGACAAUAACACAAAUGUCUUUUCGUUCUCUUGUUCCAACAGCCGAGUCGUAUGCCUUUGUUAUUGCUGCAUGUCACGCUACUGGCCACUCAGCACAUGGGGAGGCAUUGUGGACAAUAUUUAGGGGGACGUAUACACCGCGGUCGCUCCAUUCUGAGGUGCUCACCAUUUUAUUACAAUCUUUUCGCAAUGUCGUGAAGAUAUCCCCCGUUGCUGGUCCCCUUGUUGAGGAACUGGUGACUGACGGUAAGGGCCUAGAGCGUACGGCUGUGGUAGCGUGCUUGCAAUUAGUCUCGAGUCGCUACUUGGUUACUAAAGAGCCGCGUUGGCGACUGGUUUCUAAUUUACUCCGUCUGUACGAGGCAAACCCUUGGCCUCAGCAACCACUAGCCCGGAAAGCGGAGCUCCAAACGGUAUUCCGCUGUUGCCAUUUAGUUGCUGCGGUGGAAGGGUUCAACGGCAAACGUGUACUCACGGAACUUCGGCAGCGUUUAGUUAAAGUGUUCGGGAGUUCCUCGGCUGAAGUGGAGUGGAUGGAUGACGCAGCUAUUUACGCUCUGCAGACAACCACAGACUUGAAGGAGGCUAUCAAAACAUAUGACACUGUCGUGGGGCAGCGGAACCCCGAGAAUGUUCCAUACUUACCGAUACCCCUGCGUCAGGCCAAGGUCAUGCUAGUGGAGGCACUGUUGCGCUGUUGUAAAAUAUUGCAAGAUGGAGGUGAGUUGUUUUUACUUGAUGAAGACACCCAGGAAGUCGAACGUGACGCUGCGGUCUCAGCGAUGAAAGAGUCUGUCUUGAGAGCGAAGCAGAUUUACAGGUGCGAUGAUACUUUUCCACACCACUUGUAUGCUGAACUUCUUUUGAUCCAGGUGCAAAGCAGUGGUGGGAAGGGUUUGGCAUUGGAAGCAAUGCAGCACUUCUCACGGGGGUCGGCGGAUGUGAUUAAUCACCGGAACAUUUCAAAUCUCGCUCAGUUGUUGUCUUUAACUGAGUUGCAUAUUGAGAAUGCACUAUUGAUGGGUCAUGCUGCCCUUCGCUAUGCCACGUUUUGGCAGCAGGAGGGUGCAGAAAGUCCCGCUUAUCGCUCUCGUAGCUGUUCUGUGGAUCGGGCAGUGUGGUGA